AGAAGAAAGAAGAAGCUUGGCAAGCAGUGAACUGCUUGUACCUCUAGGUACUCUCGCCGGCUUCAUGGAGUCCUCAACAGGCCCGAGAAUAUUCUAUGACUUCAAUCGAAUGUCGUUCUUGCUUCACCUGGCUAUGUACUUGUACGUGUGCGGCUUUUCAACAUACGCCUUGUGGCACCACACUAAGAGUGAACCGCUGAUGGAUGGCUGCUGCGACCUGUCGGAGCAACAGUACAGCGUGCUACGGGGCGCGUACGUCAGCAUGACGCUGCUGAAACUGAACCAGACGGGACCACUCCGGUACCUGCGUGACUGUGUCAUAUUAGCCAACGCGACGAAGCAGCUGGCGCCGCAACGGUGUUGCGGCGAGAGUCAUCUACUCUCCCUCACCAUGCCGAGCGACGCGUUUAAGGUCUACGAACGUCCGCUAAAAUGUGGCUACGUGGUCUGCAAGCUGAUCUCCAACCGCCUGGAAAUGUUGCUCUACUUUUUUAUCCUCUUCUGUCUUAUGCACUGGAUGGCGUACUCGAGCAUCAGAAGCGAGUACGUUUUGAUGCGCCUCUUGGACGAGAGGCGAAGAAGGCGCGCGCUGACCGCCACUGAGGAGCGUCGCAGCAUGGCGGAGCCGCAAGCUGCACCAGCUGUCGGCCAAUGAGGUGCCUGAAGGACGAUCCACAACAAGCCAACAAGCCAGCACAAACAUUCACAUUACCAGCAACCACCUGCGCUGUCAGCCAGGAUGUUCUCCAUAGAGAAAUUACAGAAAAAAAUUUAUAACAAAGGGGAUGCUGUAAAAAUUGGUAGCGAAACAAAUGUAAUCUCAUUCAAGCACACUAAAAUGUGUUUCUUUACAAA